AUGGCAUCAACUGUGCAGCGACUGUUCCUGUCUAUUGGUAUUCAAGAUGCGUCUAUGUUUUCGCUUCUGAUUCUCCCCAUUGUAUUGGGCAUCACAGUAGCUGUCUACUUUCAAAUGGGAUCUUCGGCCAAAGACCCACCUACUGGUAACGAAGACAAGGACAAGGCAUCGGCGACCAAAGACGACAAUCCACAAAAAGAACAACACGAUACUCCAACGGAUGAUUCCUCCAUUCGCAAAGCUGCUUCCGGGACUGUUUGGAGUAUAGCUGUGAAACUGUUAUCCUUCUUGUGCACACAAGUCUCCUUUCGCCUGUUGGGUGACAAUAUCGCCGCUCUAGGUCAAGCCGCCAUUCAAUUGGAAUUGCUCUUGACCACAGUCCUCUUUGUCAGUCGAGAAGGAUUCCGUCUCUCCUUGACCAAAACAACAGCGGAGAAUGAUACGUGGAAUGUGGCAUGGCUCAGCAUUCCGGUUUCUACGGCGGCAGCAUUGCUGGCAUUUGUUUGGCAUAUGCAGACGGAAACGGCCCAAUUGGAUCAAGACUAUCAAUGGGGUGGAAUUCUCUAUUGCAUUGGGGCGUGGAUGGAAGGAUUGGCCGAACCGGCUGCCUUGCAUUGUUUGCGUCAAUUGCAAGUCGCCACUCGGGUCUCGGCCGAAGGCAUGGCAUCUCUCUUCAAGACAUUCGCUACUGUCAUGGCGUUGCAAUUGGCACCGCAAUGGCCCAUUUGUUGUUUUGGAGUGGCACAGGUGGUGUACGGGACCGUCUAUGCCGCAUUCAUGUACCGAAAAACAUGGUUCCAACUCGUACUCUUUGACGUUUCUCAAGGAUUGGAUGGAACCACCUGUUACAUGACGCUACUCUUUACGGUGCAAGGAUUGUUCAAACACUUUCUUACAGAAGCCGAUCGGAUCGUGUUGAGCACUCUGGCAGGAAGCUACGAUCAAGGAAUUUAUGCCAUGGCCAGUGCCUAUGGGGGAUUGGCCGCUCGAUUUCUGUUGCAACCCAUGGAAGAGGUGGCACGGUUAUUGUGGAGUCGCGUCUCGUCGUCGUCGACGCAAAAUAAUAAUGACAACAACAACAACUAUCGCAGACUCUUGCAACAAUCCUACGUUGUCUUGGUCAAAUUGGUCCUCUACAUUGGCCUGGUCUUUUGUUGCUUGGCCACCAAUUACACAUCCGUUCUACUCAAUGUACUGGCGGGACGCAAAUGGGGAUCCAUACCCGAAGCUGCUACCGUCUUGAGCGCAUUUUGCAUCUACACGGCAUUCAUGGCAUGGAAUGGCAUGACAGAAGCCUUUGUUUUUGGGGUGGCGUCCAGUGGAGGGGAUAUUGGGCGCUUGGGGGUGAUGCAUUCCGUGGUCGGUGUGAUCUUUGCCGUGAUUGCUCCCAUGUUCGUCAGUCGAUUCGACACGGUCGGUGUUGUGGCCGCCAAUUGCGUCUGCAUGGCAUUGAGAUCCUUGUAUUCCAUGGUGUUUGCCGCAAAAUACUUUGCACAAGAACAACACAAUAAUGGUGGCGGCGAGGAGAAUACGACGACAACCGGCAAAAUGUUUCAAACGCUCGUGCGACAAAUGUCACCGCAUCCGGUGGUGCUCGUCUGCUUUGCCGUGUCGGCAUUGGGCAGCCACCAGUCGUUGCAAUGGCUCGAAUCGCACACGGAGGUUCCGACAGGAAGCAAAGCAUGGUUUCUGCUAGCAGCCAGACACGUAAUUCUUGGUGGCAUGUGCUUUGUGGGGAUUUGCGCCGUCGCCUUUCCAUUGGAAAAAGAAUUUCGACAAUCCAUUCGGCAGCUGCUCCGAGCAAAACAAGAUUGA